GGUACGAAUGGUGCUUCUUGCUGUUUCUGGAGACAACUCACGGAUAAACAGUCGAUAACCUUACCCAGAGCUGUGAAGCGCGAGAAAUUAUCCUCCUUCACAAGCACCGCCCUCGACGCUUGUGAAGUCCGCCCCCAUAAUUCUAUAUUCUCUUCAACCUCAUGUCCUGUGGGGGAGCCCUUCUCAUUCUUUCAACGCCGCCCAUAUCCUUCCUCCCUCACGCAAAAGCAGCGUAAAUAUAUGAUACAAUCGCACCUUUGGCACUUUCUCGGCAUCGGAUCUUUCACCUAUUCCACAGUCCCAUGCGUCAUAUCCGCCUCACGUAGUCAGCAGGCCAAUCAUUUGGAGUAAAACGACUAGGCGGUCUACCUUGACUUGAAGCUACAGAAGCCUUUCCCACCUUUGAGGGCCCCAAACCAGCACGCGUGACCAAACACCAAACGAUGUCCCCAAUACCCCCACAAUACUCGAUCUACAAGCUCAAGAACCCCGACAACUUUGAAGAAUGGCGGAGCCAGCUGCAGGCCAUCCUUUUGAUCACCGAUCCUGACGCCUGGGACACCGUCGCUCUCGGCGUUGAAACUCUCAAGGAGCGCGAUCUACCCCCCCGAGACUACGAUCGCUCCUCCAAGAUUGCAUUGGGAUGGAUGCUGCUCACUAUGGAACCGUCUAAGCGAGGAUCGUAUAGACAAAUGAAGAAUCCCAAUGAGCUCAUGAGGCUGCUGUUCUCGCAUUUUACUACGAAGUUUACCGUGUGGGGAAGCUUCGAGGACUUCAUUGGGGAGGCGGAGGCAUAAGUGGAGG